UCACGCUACUAUUUAUAUGAAAUACACAGUGCAUACAUAAACUGGCAUAUUACACUACACAAAGCAGUUAAAAGUAAGUUGUAUCAUAUCAAAAUACUUGUGAUGUAAAAAGCAAAUCUAUAAAUGUGAAAGCCAGUAUUGUUUUAUCAUCUAUAAUAUCGGACGAAUGUGGGGGAAAACGAGGGUGAGCAGCGAGCCCGCAGCAGGCGCAGGGCGGGCAGGGGGACGCGGGCCCUUGACUUUGGCCGGGGUGCUGAUCUCGGCGGGUCGGGGCAGGCCAAGUCCCCGCAGAAGCGGAAGCACUGCGGGAGAAGAGGCGCCCAGAGCCCGCAGCGGGCUCUGCACGCCCUCCCCGCUCCCCGCUGCCGAGCCCCCUCCUCACCAUGUCGCCACCGCUCCCUGGUCCGCGCUGCUGUCGCAGAGUCUGCGACCCGGAACUACUCCCCGGCUACACCCCUUCCCGCCCCCUGCCCCCAAUGCCGAUGGGGCGCUCCGGUAGGGGCUCUGCGGGGUCUUUUCUGGGGGGUCUGGGCAUGAGAGAGGGCCGGAGAAGGGGACGCGGGUCUCACGAGUGGGACCCUGAGCGCCCGCGGGCCCUCCGAGCAGACCGGGGGCCGGACCACGCUCCCACGGGCCGCACCCUCACGGCACCCAAGCCUGCCAAUCCCGGCCCGUCUUUCUCCGCCCUGUCCAAUCACAGCCGCCCUUUCAAUCAGGGCGCGGUCCCGCCAAUCUCAGCCUGCCCAGUCACGGCCCGGCCCCUCUGCCUGGUCCCACUCCCCGGUACUCCUGAGGCGCCGCUCCCGCUCCCGCCGCUUUCGGAGCCGGCGGAGCUGUGUUCCCGCUGCCGCAGCCUCGGCAGGCGCUGUUGGGGCCGGGAAGGGCGGGCGGGAGCUUCCAGUUCAGGUCCUUGCCGGGAUUUCUCCCAGGGAAACGGGCAGAUGGCGGGGAGCGGGCGGUCUCGGCCCCUGCAAUGGCGACGGCGCGAGCAGGGCUUGAGGGGACCGCGGGGGGGUCUCGGAGCCGAGCGCGGCGGGAAUAGGCGGGCUGGGAUUGGUGGGGCCGGCGCUGCCUCGGGUUGUGAUUGGCUGGCUGAUCCGGCCCGGGGCAUAAAUAGCGUGCGUUGGGGCGGUACAGGCGUUAGUUCGGCGGUGAACGUGCGAGUGACUGUUCGGUACGUGCCGAUGUGGGAUUCGAGGAGCGGCGCUGCGCUAGGACUGGACCCCCGCGGCAGCCCGAAGCUGCAGUGAGAAGCAGAAGCAGCUUUUAGCUGCAGGCAGUAAAAAGCAGAGGAGCUGGAGCUGAGGCAGCAGAGCUGGAGGAGACAGAAAUAUGGAAGUAAAGCUGGAAAUGAGGAGUCAAGGCGGUCCACUGGUAUUACACCGAGACCCCCUCAGCAACUGGCCAACAGACCCAGUUCAUCAUGGGAACUGACACUGAGAAAUUGUGUUCAAGUGAUUACAGGGUUUUUUUUUUUUUAAUGUAUUAUUAUGUUGAGUCUUAGUGGUGUUAAUUGUCUUAAAUUAUAUUUUUUUAUACUUUGAGGUAACUUCUUUGUGGGUUUGUGGGUUUUUGCUUGGUUUUUUUUUUUUUGAAACUAAAUAUUAUACAAGUAUUUUUUGGUAAUGAUUUUAGUUAUUUAAUUGUGGUUUAACUGUAAUUUGUGUAAGAGUGCAUACAUUGUAUUUUAAGAAUUUUUUAUAUAUAGGAUGUUUUGAUUUACAAUUUAAAGUUUGUGAGGGAUAAAGUUAGGUAUUAAGAGGUAUGCUAACACGGUAUGUAGAAAAUGGAUUUUUAGGAUUGGUGACCAAUAAACACUGGUUUUGGAUGUGUGGUUUUAGUGUCACUUAUAUGUUUUGUUUUGGUUGUGGAAUUGUUUAUCGUGGGUUUUUUUGCUGUGUUUUAAAUAAGGUUUGACACAGUGAGAGGAAUCUCGUGUGGUUUGUUU